CUCACCGUGUUCCGAGCAGCUCUUGGACUUUUUCUCUUUUCUUCGUUUCCGUUCUGCCGCCAGUCAUCAUGCUGACCUCCCGCCACCCGCUCUCGGCUCGCAAUGAGCAGAACUCCGCAGGGUCCCGCCUGUCGCCCCUGAAGAACUUGGCCUUGAACGACAAGGAGAACACGCCGCCCUCGCUGAGCGCCACCCGGGCCCUGGCAUCCAAGACGGCGAGGAAGAUUUUCCUAGAGGCGGAGGCUCCUAAAAGCAUAAAGCCACCUUCAAACAACAUACAAGACGAACCUCUGCUUCGGGAAAAUCCGCAUCGCUUUGUCAUCUUUCCCAUUCAGUACCAUGAUAUCUGGCAGAUGUACAAGAAAGCAGAGGCUUCCUUCUGGACAGCUGAAGAGGUGGAUCUCUCCAAAGAUAUUCAGCAUUGGGAAUCCUUAAAGCCUGAAGAGAAGUACUUCAUUUCACAUGUUUUGGCAUUCUUCGCUGCAAGUGAUGGCAUUGUGAAUGAAAAUUUGGUGGAGCGAUUCAGCCAGGAAGUACAGGUCACAGAGGCUCGUUGUUUCUAUGGCUUCCAGAUUGCUAUGGAAAACAUCCAUUCAGAAAUGUACAGUUUGCUUAUUGACACCUAUAUCAAGGAUCCCAAAGAGAGGGAGUUUCUGUUCAAUGCAAUCGAAACACUGCCAUGUGUUAAACAGAAAGCUGACUGGGCCAUGCGCUGGAUUGGGGAUAAACAGGCCACUUAUGGCGAGCGUGUGGUUGCUUUUGCUGCAGUGGAAGGAAUCUUCUUUUCUGGUUCUUUUGCAUCUAUCUUUUGGUUGAAGAAACGGGGGCUGAUGCCUGGACUCACUUUUUCCAAUGAACUGAUCAGCCGAGAUGAGGGUUUGCACUGUGAUUUUGCUUGUCUUAUGUUCAAACACUUGGUACACAAACCAUCCGAGGAGCGAGUGAGAGAGAUCAUCACUAAUGCUGUCAGGAUAGAGCAGGAAUUCUUGACGGAAGCACUGCCUGUAAAGCUAAUUGGCAUGAAUUGCACUUUAAUGAAGCAGUAUAUUGAAUUCGUAGCAGACAGACUGAUGCUGGAGCUCGGUUUUAACAAGAUAUUCAGAGCGGAGAAUCCAUUUGAUUUCAUGGAGAAUAUUUCCCUGGAAGGCAAAACCAACUUCUUUGAAAAGCGUGUAGGAGAAUAUCAACGGAUGGGUGUGAUGUCAAAACCCACAGAUAACUCUUUCACUCUGGAUGCUGAAUUCUAGGUGCAAAAAGACAGUUCUCCAGCUAGGCUAGAAAUGGCUAGCUGUGUUUGCCGUAUUGCCCUCAAUGUUCCGUUCUUGCAGUGUGUAGUGGUACUUUAGGAAAGUCUGCGUAGCUAAAGCAGGAAUAGAAUUCUUAAAGGAUUAACUGCAGUGUAUUUAUAACAAUACACUAAGCUGCCCAUUUUUUAAAAAAAAAACAAUACUUGAAGUGGCCUGCUCCAUUCUCUGGUAAUUGGACACCAGCAGUUUGUCCACAGCACAGUGAAGUAGAAUUGGCAUACUCUUUAGAAAGUGACAGGGUGUCCCAGUUGAUCUGCAAGAAGUUACAGGCCCCCCGGGUUGGAUCCUGUGAACCAUAGGUGCUGGUUGUGGCAGAUCUUUCCCUGCCACUACGAUUCCCAAAAAGCCAAUGCUGGGAAAAGAACCUGCGAUUCCCAAAAAGCCAAUGCUGGGAAAAGGGUGUGUUGUGUCAAAGGAACCUUGUGGACAAAAUACCAUGAGGGGUUGCAAUAAGGAGGGGGGUGGAGUCUGGUGAAAUUACUUCCACCUUCAUUCUGCUCCCAAAUGCAGAGCUGUGGAGUGAGGUUUCCAUCGAUAUAGGAUUGUUCACAAUUUUACUGUAACCCUGUGCAUCAGCUUUUUUGUGAGUCUGAGAGGGAAAAGUGGGAAAGAUCCAUGCUUGUGUUACACUUUUGGUUCAUAAGAUGCAACUUGUAUAACCACAUUGCCUCUUAGCUGGUUUUAAGUUUUAUUCUUAAUUGUUUGUACAUAAACCUGGCACUUUAAAAGUCUGGCCUGUAAUUCCUGGAAGAGGCUGGCAAAGCAUGUGAGUUUAGAAUAAACUCUUUUUAAAUGGCUUUUUGAUGUAAUUUAGUUGUUGUACUCUCUAUUGUACUUUUGUGUAAAAUUGCUUAAGCGCUGAAACGAAAACCGUUUUGAACAUGUGUAACUUCUGACAAAGUACUUAAAUGGCCUUGGGACGGAAGUAAAACAAAUAAACCUCCAGUUUUCAAA